GACACGUGCUGAACCCAGUGAGAACGAUCGAGUUUUCGAACACGCUUAUCAUCCCCGACGACGAAACACUAACUUAAUGGAUACCUUUUCGUAUGCGUUUUCCGGUGUUUUUUUGUUUGUUUUUUUUUGAAAGGGUACAUCUCAAAAAUUACAAAAAUAGAAUUCACGCAAGUUAAUAUUCACAACAAGUUUAUAUCAUCGUAUACUCGUUGACGUAAACUACAGUUGAAAUAUUCCACGAUGGAAGGCCAUAUAGAUGAUAAUAUUUUGAGUAAUUGUACAGCCAUGGUGUUAUCAUUAGAAUUUGAUAAAUCAUCAAAAGAACUUGAAUAUUACAAUUCCACCUCUCUUUUGGCAAUAUUGGGAAAUAUGUUGAAAUCUUCUGAUUUGACGAUGUCCAAACGCACAAUUGCCAAAGACCGAUUACAUGAUUGCGUUUAUCCUCUACCGGAACCAGCGCAUAAUAUUUCACUGUGGCACAAGUUAAUCUGGUCCACUGUUUUUAUCGCAAUGUUAAUCGUUGCCAUUGUUGGCAACUCAAUUGUCAUAUGGAUAGUGGCAGCUCACAGACGAAUGCGAACUGUUACUAAUUGUUACAUGGUCAGUCUAAGUAUCUCCGAUUUGUUUAUGGCUUCGCUCAAUUGUCUACCAAACUUUAUUUAUAUGCUCAACUCUGAUUGGGCUUUUGGUUUGGAACUUUGCAUGGUAUCCAAUUUCGUUGCUUACUGGACAGUUGCAUCAUCAGUUUUUACAUUGGUCGCAAUCACCCUCAAUAGGUACAUGGCAAUUGUCCAUCCACUUCGGCAUAGGAGGUCAAAGACGAGAACACAAACGGUACUUGUUCUCAUUUGGUUAAUCAGUGUUUUUCUAGCAAUGCCAUGCAUUUUAUAUUCUGACAUUAAAACAAAAAGAUACAUGAAUGGAGAACUAAGAAGGGCGUGUUACAUACUUUGGCCAGACGGAAGGUACCCGAAUUCUAAAACUGAAUACAUAUAUAAUAUAUUAUUUCUAUGCGUCACUUAUAUAAUACCAUUGACAGUGAUGGCUGUAUGCUACACGAUCAUGGGUAGAGAACUUUGGGGAAGUAAAACCAUUGGACAGAUGACACAAAGACAUGUGGAGUCAAUCAAAUCGAAGAGAAAAGUUGUCAGAAUGUUCGCUGUAGUAGUAACAAUUUUCUUAAUUUGUUGGCUACCUUAUCACUCGUAUUUCGUAUACGCAUACCACAACAAAAGCAUAGUAGUCAAGACGUAUGUGCAAGAUCUGUUCCUGAGUUUCUAUUGGUUAGCAAUGUCAAACUCGAUGGUGAAUCCAAUAAUUUAUUACUGGAUGAAUCCUAGAUUCAGAGCUUAUUUUAAGUUGAUCAUAUGCUACUGUGGAGGCUUAAGAAAUCCUGACAAAGAUUCUAUUAAUCUAAACGUAAUUCGAAUGAACGGUGAAUCUCAAUAUUACUUAACCCGAUCCAAAUCAGUGGAACGAUUAACCAGGUCCAGUAUCGUUGGGAGUCCAACACUUACGACGUCCACCAGAAACCCAAGUAUUAUGUCUACCCAGAGGCUACAGCGAAGUAGUACGUCAUCCUCCAAAAACACGAAAUAAUCAAGAAACAACGGUGAUUCAAAGGUAAAACACAAGUUCUAGACUUCAGAAACUACAAAAAACUAGAAAACUUUCUUCACAGAAGCUUAUCUAUAAUCAAUGAUGUUGGUGAUGAAUAUUGAAUGAAGAUCCUAUUUUUGAAAAUCCAAGACCUAUUGUAAAUAAUACGACGACAGCCAUUUUUGAAAAAUGUCCAUGUCACUUGGUUCCGUGUAAAUAUCUAUAAAAUAUUUAAAAAUAAUUUUGUUAAAUAAUAAUGUUAUGUCGAUAAAAUAUAUAUAUAUAUAUUUAUUUA